AGAAGGUUUAAGAAACGUUUAAAAAAAUAUGUAUUUUAUGACAUACAGUGCGUAUUUAUCUUAUUUGACCUCGUAUGACUUGACCCAAUAAACAGCUGAUAUGUGUCAAAAUGGCGUAUUGACAUUAACCAAAGAAUGAAAACAAAGUUUUGGCAUAUAAUGAAUUAAAACAAUAACAGACAACAAGAAAACACCCGUAAACAAUUUAAUGUGCAUCGCCACUAGAGACAUUAUGGAUGGUAUGUUUGAGGCUUAUCUGGACGCUUCUUCAGAUCCAGAUGACAUCCCGAAAACGAACCAGACCGUGUGGAUUUUGGGUCGGGAGUACCACGCAUCGGACGAUCUGAAGAUGAUACGGCAGGACAUCAGUUCGAAAUUGUGGUUCACCUACAGGAGGGGGUUCGUGCCUAUCGGCGGCGACAACGGGCCGACCACCGACAAGGGAUGGGGUUGCAUGCUGCGGUGCGGACAGAUGGUACUGGGUCAGGCGAUCGUCCUGAACGAACUAGGCAGAGAUUGGGUCUGGGAUCCGGACACAAAGGAUCAAACUUAUUUGAAAAUAUUGAAGAAGUUCGAGGACAGCAAAAAGGCGCCGUAUUCGAUACACCAGAUCGCCCUGAUGGGGGAGUCUGAGGGCAAGAAGGUUGGAGAGUGGUUUGGUCCCAAUACAGUUGCACAAGUUCUAAAGAAACUGAUAAAGUAUGAUGAUAGUAAUUUAAGGAUUCAUGUAGCUUUAGAUAGUGCUGUUAUUAUCAGUGACAUAAACGCCUCCGACACUUCCAUAAAGUCACCAGAGACAACAUCAAUUACCACAAAACUGAAAUCAGUGUGGGUACCACUUUUGCUUAUAGUGCCUUUACGCUUAGGUUUGAAUGAGAUCAACCCCAUUUACUUGCCAAGUCUUAAGAAAUGCCUCCAGUUCGAACAGAGUGCGGGCAUAAUCGGAGGCAAACCGGACCACGCUCUGUAUUUCAUCGGUUACGUGGGCGACGAAGCGAUUUACUUAGAUCCGCACACGACGCACCUGACGGCGUUUAUAGGGAAGAAGGAGAAUAAGGAACAAAUCCACUUGGACUCGACGUAUCACAUAAAAUAUGCGUCGAGGAUGAACAUGGCCCAAAUGGACCCUUCAAUUGCAGUUUGCUUUUUCUGUAAAACCGAGGUCGAGUUUUUCGAACUGUGCAAAAGGAUAAAGGAAGAUUUGAUCGACAACGAAAAUACACCGUUGUUUGAACUGUCUUAUGACAAACCUAAAGAAUGGAUACCUGAAGAAGAAGAGGAAUCAGUAUCAGAACUGGUCCGAAAUUUUGAUUCUGAUCAUGAAUUCGAAAUACUUUAGUAUGUGUGUAAUUAUGAAUCUGUUAAUUUUUAAAUGAGAGAAUACUUAUUGUUAAAUUGUAUCAUGUGCAUUUAAAUUAAUUGAAAUUGAAAUGAAUCUGUAUAUAAUAUUUGUACUAAAGCUUAUUUUUUAAUUUUAAGCAACUCAGUUUUUUGUAUUUAAUUUUUAUAUGUGUGUUAAUUGUUAUUCAUUACACAUUGUCCAAUAAAAUAAUUCUAAAAGCUUU